UCAUUAAGGUCCGCAAAGAAUAAGAGCAUAUAUAAUUUAUAAGACAAUCAGUUCUGCUUGAGAAUAAUAACCGCGUAACAUUUCAUCAAAACACAAGCCUUGUUGGCAUAGCGCGCCUGAAUGUAUUGAAUUCUUGCGAGUGACGUCAGGCCAACCGUGGGAUACACACGAUCCCCAGACGUAAAUAUUACGCUUACGAAGAGGAAGAAACUAGUCCCAUGUCUGGUACCCGGUAAUGCAAAGGCGUGCAAUUGACCUUGCAAGCCAACUUGACCAACCAGUACCCUAGCACCUCGCACCUUAUUUUGCAACCCCCAUUUGAAAAGGAAUUUGAAGUUUGUGAGGUUUGAGUACGGGUGUAGGGGUGGUAGUGGCGGAGGGAUACCUUGUAUAAGAGCCAAGUAGACACGACCGCGCGACCAACACAUAUAUUCAUCAGUUACACUCUGGCGCUCGUGGCGUGCGGACCUGCGGGUGAGAAUCGCUCUCUCUGGGACCCCAGUUGCUCUUCGCGGCGCUUCGAUGUACACCUCUGCAGAGUGAAUGAGUCUCUUGGAAUAUGGUGGAUGUUCUUGUGUCUCCCAAGAUUUCCCAUAUAGCAAGCAUGGCACCGCAGUCUAGCAGUGUUGCUCCAGUGUUUUGUGAGAAAACGGCCACUACCACUUGCAAAAUGUGCUCAAAGUGUGGACCAAAUAAUACUACUACGGCCACCAGUAAACCUAUCGUGCCUACAACUACCACCACUACCACUACUACCACCACCCCGACCUCCAACACCCCCCGAGCCACAACCCCGCUCUCCUCCAGAGGGAGCGGCCGGCCCCUGGACGAGACGUACCGUGUCGGCACUGUGCUUGGCAAAGGUGGCUUCGGUACUGUGUAUUCUGGUUGGAGAGUUCGAGACGGUGCCCCCGUAGCGAUCAAGCAGGUCUCGAGGGCCAAGAUCACAGCUUGGGAUAUGGUGGGAGGUCGGCGUGCCCCGAGAGAGGUGGCCCUGCUGUUGAGGGUGACCCACGUACCCAAUGUAGUGAAGCUCCUGGACUGGAUAGAGCGUGACGACUCCUUUCUACUGGUGUUUGAGCGACCGGAGCCUUGCAAGGACCUCUUCGAUUACAUCACAGAGCGCAAGGUUGUGUCGGAGAUCGAGGCGCGCUCCCUAUUCAAGCAGGUGGUGGAUAUUGUACGUGAUUGCCACGCUGCGGGCGUCAUCCAUCGCGACAUAAAGGACGAGAACCUGCUCGUGACCUACGAUUCCAAGGGCCGGCCUGUGCUGAAGCUCAUAGACUUCGGCUCCGGCGCUCUUCUGUCUGAUAAGAGCUACACCGACUUCGAUGGGACGCGGGUGUAUUCUCCACCCGAGUGGAUCAGGCAUAACCAGUAUGAAGGAGUGCCAGCCACAGUCUGGUCGCUUGGUAUCCUCCUCUAUGAUCUUGUCUGCGGCGACAUUCCCUUCGAGCACGACGAGCAGAUUGUGGCGGCGCGGGUACAGUUUCGGACGACAGUUGGCGAGGACUGCCAACACCUUGUGCGAUGGUGUUUGCGGGUGCGGCCCACUGAACGGCCCUCCCUCGACAGUAUCCUGCAGCAUCCAUGGCUUGUCAAUCCUCAGGCCACUAGGAUUCGUCAUCCCGACCAAUCUUCUCUCGACAAGUGUUCCACCUCGUCUCAAGAGUCGCUUUGAUGGCGGCCCCCUCUAGCGGUGCUGUAACUUGCACCCAGCCUCGCCUUUAGCACGGCUCUCACGCCAUCUCCUUUCCCAGCGAUAGGAUGCCGCCCACAUUGUGGCCUCGCACACCUGAUCUGCGGGCAGCAUCCUUCACCUGGGCAUGUGGGUAUUGCCACAUAUCAUCCCUCAUACCAAAGCUGGGGCUUAAGAAGCCCACCUCUCACUGUGGGGAUGUAAAUUGUGGUGGUGCCUGUGUACAGUUCCCCCCUUGCUGGCACCCUGGCGGUGCGUUGUCCCUGGCCGGGGGUACUGAGGAUCUCCGGCCGUAUUUAUGGUGCAGCCCAGCCCGAAUCGGCCCACCCUGGGGUCGCACAACUAUUUAUUGCCUGCAACCUCGCCCGGGGGCUUCGUGCCCCUGAACCACCUACCGCUGCGCCCCCCUCCCCCCCUAUCCCGCUCCUCCUCGACGCUGCUGCUGCUGCUGGUGACGCCGUGGGGUGGGUUGUGCAGCGGUGGAGCAGCAGUCAAGUUGUGGGUGUGGUCCCUGCCGCCCCACACGCCCAACACUCUCACUCGCAAUGCCAAACAAUGCAGUCUCGGCUAUCUUCUGAAUGAGUUUUCAGGCUUGUAAACCAAAGGUUAUGUUACGAGUCUAGACUUGUAAAAAUGUAAAGGACUUAAUUUAUUUUGGUGCUUGACUAUAUGCGCGUGUAAAAAGUGUACAUAUUGAUCUCCCCUUGUACAGAACUGAUCAUAAGCCAUUGCUCAAGUGUGUAAGUUCUGUAUGAUAUCAAAAGUCAUAAGUCUGACAAAAGUAAAUGUUUGUAGUACUAUUUGCUUGGACCUGUGAACCCUUCGUCGGCUCCCCCCCCCCCCCUCACAACAAACAGCAUAUUCCAAAGAUGUUGCUAAAUUGAUGCUCGGUUGUGGAGAAGCUCCUUGUGCCUAGUUCCCGUCUUCAACGGGGAAGUUAUAAAUUAGCCUUUAAUAGGCUAAUAACUUGUUUGAGAAUUAUUAUUUAAAUCAUUUUAAUUGUGCCAUCAGAACUGACUUAUUAUUAUUUAUUUUUUUUAUAAAGUCUUGUAUAAGUAUUUGAUGAUUAAUUUUGUUUGAAACUUCCGUCUUGAAGACCAGACUGUGGCAUCUUGGGGAAAGGUAUACGCCGAUUUUGUACAUUUUACUUCCAUAUUUUGGUUGCUAAUUAUUUUCAGAUUCAAACUAUAAAAGAAUUGUUAUAUCUAGAGGACAUUUAUUGAUUUUUUUUGUUAAUUAUAGAAUUGGAUAUAAGAUGUGGCCAUAUGCAUGUUUUCUUCAGUUAUCUUGUUUAAACAUUCUAUAGUUUACCUUUCAACAAAUUUUAGAUUUUAAUGAACCAAAAUUAAAUUAAAUUAGAAUUUUCUCUCGAUACCGAACCAGCUUGGGAGAAAGGGGACAGAUGGAGGAAAAAUAGUCUAUGCAGUUUCCCCCCUCCCCGAGUAGGGCUUCUGUACAUCUGUUCUCUCUUAAGCUGCUCCUUAGGUUGGCACCCUCCAAACACACACCGAAACUACGACGUUGGUACAACGUUCGAACAAGUUUUAACACCACCUAUCCAGUUAUAACAACCAAUAUAGCAAGUUGUAACAACGUUCUAAUACGUCAUAAACACGUUAAGCCAAGAUGUAACAACUUUAUUACAAGUUGUAACAAGCGGAAAAUAGAGACAGUUUCGGUUUGUGUUUCCAGGGCAUGCACUACAGUAUGUCUUGGAAGUCGUAUUUGCUACACACAACAUCCCUAAUAAUUGUGUUGCUGUAGUUGGGACAAAUGGAAAUAUUUUUGUUGUACACUAAUAGAGAAAAUUCAGCUCUGGCGAAUUGGUAGUUUUUGUAAUGCCGUCUCCAACUUUUUGAAAAGCAUUAUUAUUUUCAGCAAAUUCUUUAGUCCAAUUUUGGUGUCCUACGAUGUAUUUGGAUUUUUCUGGGCGGUCUUAGAGGCCCAGGCAUUGAAUUAGAUGUUUAUUUAAGUCAAGUUUUGUAUGCAAAGUCCUAUGUCCUCGUGUCACCAGGUUUGUUGUGGCCAGUCUUGGAACGCAGUUGUACACCUGCUGUGUCCUUAUCCAUCCUCCGUUUUAGAGGGGCCUGUAUGAAGCUAUUUGCUUCUGCUCUUAAUUAAAUUUGUAUUAAAAAGUGCGUGUAUAUGCAUAUAUAUAAUAUAUGUAAUAUGUGCAGGUUAGAUUAGGUUACUUCAAUAUUUUGUUCUAAAUUGCUGACUAAAGAUGUCCAGCUGCGUGUCCAAGAUUUUACCUCUUUUAUGUUGCGUAUAUUUCACACACACAUACACAUGCUGUUGGCUUGGGGAAGAAAGGGGGACAUCUUAAAGGUUGAUAAUUUAAGGACUUGAGACUUUCUAUCCAGUCUGACCGCGAAGUCUGCUCUUUCUUCCAAGAGUCCAGCAGAGCAGAAUUGUCUUAAAUAUGUGGAGGUAGAGGUGAAGUAUUAAGGGCUUUUGCAAUAAGAAUUUUAUUGUUUUGUGUCAACUUGGUACAGCUUUGGAGACGUGGCAAAUGUUAUUUCAAUUGCCAAAAAAUAACAACUCGUUGAAAUAUGCAUGUGCUGUGUCCUUGAAGAAAAAGACAAAAUAUAUGUUGUACAUUGUAUAAAAAAAAAACAAAAAAAACCCAUUGAUCUGCAUUUCAUGCAAGAUUAAAUCUCAUACAUUCUGUUUUUUAACUUUGUUAAAAAAAAGUAACCUUUAUUUAUAUUUUUUUUAUAUAUAAAACAGACCGUAGGUAAGUUUACUCUGGCGGUGACAUUGUGAAUAAAUAUUGUAUCCAUGUGAGUUCUGUGACUUGAGUUCCGUCACAAACCCUGCCUUCUGAAGCAAUUUCCCAGGCCCUUAAGUACCAGUUCACCGUUUAAUUACUAAAAACCUGAAUAGUGGUUAAAGGGGGGGGGGAUAUAGAGUAAGUAAAGAUAAUAUUCUUUUUCUUUUAAUUAGGAACUUGCAAGAAACCAUUGAUGUUUUAAGAAUUUUUUCUAAAGAGGGGUUGUAAUUAUAUAAUAAUAUUGUAAACAAUUAUAACAAUUGAACACUUGUUAUAAUUGGAUUGUUUAAUGUGUUAGUGGUGAAGGCGCGGGUCGCAACAGGGUACUGAGGCCAGGUGGAGAGCUACAGGUGGCAGGGAGUGAGAGGAAGAGAGGCAUUAGGCGACAUAACUUUGUGUUUGGCAAGAAACCAUAGAGAAGUAUUUUUGUAAGUAAAUAAAGUGAAAGAAUUGA